ACUGCGUAGCUAACGGCUAACAGCUAACAGGAAACACAACAAACCGACUUCCGGUUGGCGGCGGAUAUCGACCUCUAACCCGGAUGUAGAGGAAAUUCCAAACAGAUCGGGCGCUAAAGGAUGGAGCAGGUUCAGAACCAAAGGGACAAAGGUCCAGAUCAGGACUUCAAGGUUCGGCUGACGUCCAAGAGGAGAGCCGCCGAGCUGCUGAAGAGCGGUUCCGAACUUUUACGAAGCGCUCUGGACGGACAGCCGGAAGUUCCCGAAGAGACGAGGAGAGACUUCCUGCAGCAGCUGCUGGCCAACUUCCAGGCUGCGGUCCGGCUCAACGUUCUGGUAGACGGGCAGCCCUGGGACGAGGCUCCAGAUCUACAAGAUGAAGAGAUUCUGGACCUGGAGAGCCUUCUGGACGACGCCAUCCUGGAGACCUCCAGCAGGCGCCAUUCAUACCCCAAACACAUCCGUCCUCACGUGGUCAACGCCCUGAAGGCCCAGCGGAAAGUCCUGGGUUUGUACGAGACUUCAGUCCAACCUGAGCCUCUACAGAGAGAUCCAGAUCAAGAGAAGAUCAUGAGCGAUCUGUCAGCGGCAGCUCCAGGGAUGGCCCAGAAGACCGUCCAGGUGCUGAAGGCCAUCGACGCUGUGCAGAAGCAGGCCCAGGGUCUCUGUGAGGUCCUCCACAUGAAGCCCAGCUCCGCCUCCCUGCAGAUCCACAGAGAGGUUCUCGGCUCCGCCUGCCGACCCGAGGCUCCGCCUCCUGCGGGCGGCGCUGCGAGGAGCGGGCGGCCCGUCAGGAGAGCGGCGGAGGAAGCAGCGGCGAUGGGCGGCUACGUGCCUGAAACCAAGAAACCGAGACGCAGAGCGGGAGAAGAUGUGGCGGAGCGACGCUUCCUGCUCUGAAGGCCACAAAGCCACCGAGAACUUUCUGGUCCAGGAGGCGGUUCUGGUUCCAGCUCAUUAAGACGAGGAGAAGUUAAUGGUCCAGACCAGCUGUGAGCUUCUGCCAGAUGUUCACAGCUCUGAGGACCUUCACAGAUCUUCUCUUUAAUGUUUCUUUAACGUUCCUCCUGUUUGUUCAUAGUUGUUAAAAAUAAAGAAAGUCUUCUUUCUGGAUCGACUUGAAGCAAAAUUAUUUGUUCUGAUGGUUUCCAGCUAAAUAAAAUAAUAAAUC